AAAAACCUCUCUCGAGUUGGAACGGAAACCGUUGGCUGCUUUUCCCUCUCACUCGAAAAAGGCCAAAGGAUCUUUCUUUCUUUUCUUCUUUUAUUUCUUUGUUUAAAAAGAGUAUUAUCUGUUUUGAGAAUAUCUGCUGCUGCUGCUGAUGUUUGAAGAAAAUUCAAUUAGAUUAUGCGAAUAUGCUUUUCGACUCUUGAGUGAUCUCUGUCGUCUUUGGUGAUUGUGAUGUCACGGUUUCGGAAGUGGUCUUCUUUUAUUCAUUUAUUUUUUUAAAUUUAUUUGAUCUUGGUGGGUUUUUUUUUUCUUUUUUAAACGAGAAGAUUCGACGGUUAUGAUGGGUUUCUUAGCUGGUUAUGGUGAGAAUUUGAUUUUUUCCUUCUGGUUCAUGAUCAAAAACCAUUUUUUGUUGGGUCUUUAAAUGGGUGUCGUUUUCUUAUGAGAUUUCUUUUAUUUUUCCUUUGUUCUUGUUUUUCAAUAUAAAAACAUUAAAUUCGGUGUUUCUUUUUUUUUGGUGAGACGUGAGAUAUCACGAUUUGGGUUUCUUCCGUUGGGGUCAAAAACCUGUAAUUAGUCGGGUUUUUAUGAAAAAAAUUGAGGUUUUUCGAUCUGGGUCGUCUACGUUUUGGGGUCGUAAGCUGGAUUUUUAGCUGAGAUCGUUUUUUAAAAUUAUUAUUAUAAAAAUUUGAGGUUUUGCGAUCUGCGUCGUUUUCUUUCGUGUUCAGGAAUCUCUAAUUUCUGUGGGGAUUGGGGAGAGGUUGGAUUUCGAUAGGAAUUCGGGGGUUUUGUAGUUCAGAACAUCCUCUUUCACUUCGAAGACGGCGUUUCUGAUGAAUUUGGGAAGUUCCCCGGGCUGGGUUUUGGCUCACAGAGAGGAUUUGAAGUUUCAAGAUCUGGUUCUUAUCCGGGGCUUGAUUAAUGGGGAUAAUUUGAGAUUUCGUGAUCCGGGUCUUUGAGGAAAUUGAUUUGGGAGAAGAUGAAUGCGGUGGAGAGGCUGAGUAGCUACAUCUCCCGGGGUGUUUAUACAGUUUCGGGCCCUUUCCACCCUUUUGGAGGAGCUGUGGAUAUCAUCGUCGUCCAACAGCAGGAUGGUAGCUUCAAGUCCAGUCCUUGGUACGUCCGGUUCGGGAAAUUUCAAGGUAUGUUGAAGACUAGGGAGAAGGUUGUCAAUGUAAGUGUCAAUGGAACAGAUGCCGGCUUUCACAUGUACUUGAAUCAUAAGGGAGAAGCUUACUUUCUCAGGGAGGUGGACAGCAAUGAAGGUGGCAGCGUCUUCUCUUCUCCAUCUUUGGGCGAUGAGACGGACAACCGGUUGCAGAACGGGAGGUUGACGAACACUCAAGGCAUGGAUUUCGAUGGUAAUCAGUCGAGUUCGGUGAUGCAGAUUGAUGUAAGUAACGGGAAGAUCAUGUCGAGGACGAAUUCACAGCGGCCUCGGAUUUUUGGGCUUAUGUUUGGCCGGAAGUUGAUGAAGGACGAAGACAGGCUUAAGAAAGGAGAUGCCAACAUGCAAAGGGUAAAUUCAUUGGAGCGUGCUGAGAUUGCUGCAGAUCUCUUGGAGGUGAAGUGGUCCACCAAUCUUCAGACCAGUAAUAGAAGGACGGGUACUGCUGCUUGCUUAUCAGCUCCUGAGACAGCAGCUGAAGAGAAACAUAAGGAUCUGCAGGUUGGUGACAAACAAGAACCAUGUAGCCCAUCUGUGCAUGAUAGCAACGACCAUAGUGUUGCAAAUGUAGAGAAUUCCUACGGGAUAACCAGUCCGAAACAUCCCUGUUUACAAACCCAUGAGCAAAUCUUGCAAAGCAGUGAAGUUCAUGAUGUGGAGAAUGCUUGUUCCAAUGAGGUGUUGGCUUCUGAGCUGAGCGUUUUUCAUUUGCAAGGUCCCAGUUUUGAUGAGUCGGAAGUGGGCCUGGUUGACGAUUCAAGUGACUUCAGUGACUCUAAUACAGAAAAGGCAUCAGAUAGAAAUGAUGGUAUUUUAACAGCGCAUGUUUCCGAAAAGGAAAAUGGUGGAAGAGGAGCUUCUGCCUACAUCCACAGCGAAACAUCUAUAAAUUUGAGUGCUGGGAUCAAUGCUUCUGGCGAAGGAGGCCUUGAAACCCUGAGCUUUUCAAAUGGAGGAGGUGAGGAAGUUGAGGUUUACACUGAAGUUUUACAUAGCACAACUGAGCUUAUUUCCGAGGUAAAUUCAAAACCAGAAUCUGAUUUACUCAUAGUUAAAGAGAGUUUACAUGGAUUUGAUGACUCAAGUUUACGGUUAUCUAACGGUGAGAAUUCCUUGGAGUCUCAUACUCUGAAAGUUGAAUAUGACGACAAAACGGCUUCUGAAAAAUCCUUGGAAAAAAGUAUUAGCUUCGAGGCAUCUUCUACUGAUGGUGGACCAAUGCAAUUGGAAUCCCUCUCUUCUCUCGAUAUACAGUUGCUAAGUUCUGGUUCCGUUGAAUCUGAGAUGGUGGAACUCAUUCACCAAGAUACAGUAGUUGAGAAACUUGCUCCAGAGAUGACUUUGGAAACAGAACCAUCAGAAAUUUUGGAAAACCAAUUUCAAAUGCAUGAGCUGACUUUUUCUUCUUCAGUUGUUGACAGUCAUCAAGAAUCUAACAACGAUUCUCUGCCUGAGAGACUUGUGAACUCCAGCAUGCCACCAUCAAACAGUUUUGAGGAAGAUCAAUUCCUUUUCGGCAAUCCUGAUGAUUUUGCAGUCAGCGAAAUCAGAUAUGAGGAGUUGAUUUCUGAGGAUUCUGUCAAGAUGGGUGUUCAAGAGACAGAAGGCAUUGGAGAGCAGCAUGAGCCGAAUAGUAUAAAUCAUGUGUCGCCUCUACCUCCAAAUCGAUUUUUUGGGCCCCGAUCAUUUUCUACUGCAGGUUUAUAUUCUGGGGGUCUCGAUGAAGACCUCUCGAUGAAUACUUUCGAAGCCUCACCCGAGGAAUCACGUGGUCGAACCAGCCCAAUAAGCAUUCCGAAAAGUCGUAGAUGUACAGGGGAAGUUGCACAUUUGGCAGGAUCUUUGCCGAAUAUCCAGGCCCAUCCAUAUGAGCUUGAAAGGUCUAAUGUUCUUCGACCUCUAAGUCGUUCUAUGGAUUCGAGUUCUGAAAGUUCGAACUGGGGCAUGCUUAGGAAGGAUUUCUCAAGUUCUUUAAAGUUGAAACCAGCCACUGAAAGCCGCAUAAUACAGGACCAUCCUACGGCGGAUGCUACAGUGGUUGAUACUCUGAGCAUAGCGCAUGAACGAAUGUCAAGUAAUCCUGCUGUUGAGAUAUCCCUUUGUAGACACUUGCUGUUUGAAGGGAUGGGGGCUGAUGCUGCCUCUCAAGCAUUCGAUACUGAAAAAGUAGAUUUGAAGAAGUUCAGUGACCUGGGUCCAUCAGUUAUGGAGAAUGAUAACCUAGUUGUAAAAAUAGGUGGCCGUUAUUUCCCAUGGGAUGUGGCUGCCCCGAUUGUUUUGGGGAUGGUUUCGUUUGGUCCGGGACUAACCUUUCCGCCAGAAGGCAUGAUAGCUGUGGACCAAGUUGAAAAAACUCUUGAAGGUGAUCUGUCAAGAGCGGUUGCCCCCUCUGGCGGAAGUUGGAGGCUUUGGCCUUUCAGUUUCAGAAAAUCAAAAAGUGAGAUCUCUGUUUGUCCAGCUCGAGAUGGCCCCAAAGGCAAAGGAGCUGAGGCUGAUAACAAUGCUUCAGAGAACUCCAGGGAGGCUACUGGGGAAAACAAAGCGAACAAAGCCUGGACUCCGAAAAAGAAGGCGGUGCGGGUGAUUGUUCCAACGUCUGAACAGCUGGCUUCCUUGAAUCUGAAGGAAGGGCGGAAUGUGAUCACCUUUACAUUCUCAACUGCAAUGCUAGGAAGGCAGCAGGUGGAUGCAAGAAUUUAUCUGUGGAAGUGGAACGCUCGCAUUGUUGUCUCAGAUGUUGAUGGUACAAUUACCAAAUCAGAUGUGCUUGGACAGUUCAUGCCUUUGGUUGGGAGAGAUUGGUCACAGUCUGGUGUUACGCAUUUAUUUUCUGCAAUUAAGGAAAAUGGAUACCAGUUACUCUUUCUUAGUGCACGUGCAAUUUCUCAGGCCUACCUCACGAGGCGGUUCCUUUUCACCCUUAAGCAGGUGCUGUAUGAAGAGAUGGAAAGGCACUACCUGAUGGACCAGUUCUCAUUUCCCCGGAUGGGCUUUUUCCCUCACUGUACAGAGAAGUUAUUAGAAGAGCUCCUCAUGAAUUCAAGAUCGCAUGCCUGGAGGAUAUCAGAGCAUUAUUUCCUCUUGAUUGCAACCCAUUCUAUGCUGGUUUUGGCAACAGAGACACUGAUGAGUUUAGCUACCGUAAGGUUGGAAUGCCAAAAGGCAAGAUCUUCAUUAUCAAUCCCAAGAAUGCAGGGGGAGGUUGCUGUGAACCGCCGGGUCGAUACGAAAUCAUAUUCUUCUCUUCAUUCUCUCGUGAACGGCAUGUUUCCGGCCAUGUCGUCGGCUGAGCAGGAGGACUACAAUUCAUGGAAUUAUUGGAAAAUGCCCCUUCCAGAGAUCAAUGUCUGAAGCUAAAACAACUUCAUACCAACAAGAGACACCUGCCUUUAUCAAGUGGAGGCAGAUACGGAAGGACUUGUUGGCGUGCCUGCAGAUUAUGGGAAUCAUCCAGCCGUGGUGUCAAUACAUGAGCUACUAUGUGCUCCACUGGUUGGUUAUUCUGGGCCCUUGAACUGAUGGCGGUGGGACGUUACCUGUACAGGCAAAUGAAAUGAAGAUCUGGAUCUUCAGCAUCGUUUGAUUUAGUUUAUAGAGCUGGAUGGUGUAGGUCAUGAGAUUGCAAGCAUUGUAACAAUGUCUAUGCAUGCACUUCAGUGUGCUAAAAGAAGUGGCAUAUUUGAAGAACAUUUGUAUCAUUUGUUCAUAGCUAUAUAUGUAACUCAUUCAUCUA